AUGGCGUCCGUUGCUUCCUCGUUCAAUCCAAAUCUCAUACCAUUCGAUGACACGUACAUUCUGUAUGAUGCUAAGGAUCCAUUGUCGUUUCUGAGUGCCUACUUUUCCCUCUUCCCCAUCGCCGUGCUGGUGUUUCAGCUUUCAUGGUUCAUCACCACGAGGGAGCUCGAAGCAUGCAUCAUAGCAGCAGGCCAAGUGGCGAACGAGAUCUUCAACAAUAUUUUGAAGAUUCUUCUGAAGCAACCACGCCCCAUGUCGUUCGGCGAGUCGUUCCAAAACGACACUCUACGGUCCAACUACGGAAUGCCCAGUGCCCAUUCCCAGUUCAUGGGGUUCUUCUGCAUGUACAUCGGCCUACGUUACUGCUUCCGCUGGAAGGGCCUAACGAGAGCCAAACGGCUUCUCGGCGUCAUAAUGGUCUGCUUUAUGGCUUCAUGUGUGUGUUUUUCAAGAGUUUAUCUCAGAUAUCAUACUCUGGGACAAGUACUUGUGGGAUUCACCGUCGGAUUGGCCACGGGCUCCACCUACUUCCUGCUUGUUGGGUUUCUGAGAGAGUGGAAAAUCAUAGAUUGGGUUCUUUCAUGGAACUUAGCCCAAAUCCUCUACGUCAAAGAUUCUUGCAACCUGGCACCCAUAACACUGGAAGAAGAGUACCACGAGUAUCAAAGACGGCUACAAAAGAAAUCCAAGCGGAUGUAA